AGCAAAUUAACAAUGAUUGAUACUAAAAAUUCUAAAAAAUGUUAAUGAAUUAGCAUAGCUUUUGUUCGGGUUUUGCCUAUAUAAAGUGAUGACCGUUUGAAUAUCAAUCUUAUUCUUUAACUGCCUGCCUUUGGAACCAGUACUUAUUGAAAACUCUCAAGAAGUACAUUUGAAGCUCUAAAAUACGUGAGUAAGUGAAGACAACAGUAUAGACCUCUGUUUGCAGCUGUUCUCUUGGUUAGGACAAUUUGAGGUACGUACAGAUCAGGCCAAAAGAAACAUGCUUUUUGCUGUUAUUGAUAACCGUUAGCCCUGCAUUGCAGCGUUGCGUCUUCUUCCAUAAUUUGUUUUAGAAGUACUACUUAAACUCGGACUACAGUUUAGUCUAUUAUUGGUCACGGGACAGGUUAGAGAAAGAAGUAUUGGGUAUAUGCUAGGAGGAAGGGAAGGAUAAUGUUUUUAAGAUUAAUUAUAUUGAACACGAGAAGGGUGUCGGGUAGGUAAGCCUUCUUUUGAGGCACUCUCUUUGUUUAGCAUCAGGAUUUCACUAGAAUCUAUACUCUUAUUGAAGUUUAUAAUAAUAUACUCUUGUUUCCCUUUAGGGAGUGAAACCAUGAAUCCUCAUAUCGCGUGUUUUGGCCUGGUGAUGAUUGGUGCGUUGUUCUUGGCCCAGGGUCCUCAGCUCUCACACGGCAGAAGUUUCCUGGAUCUUGAGAAGAAGUCUAGCGGGGUAAAAGAGAAGUAUGCUGUGAUAUUUGACGCGGGUUCAAGCGGAACAAGGAUCAAAGUGUACAAGAUACUAAUCCAUACUCCUCUACGCGUCUCUGAUGUCCAACAAGCACCAGUACCCAAACCUGAUAAAGUUCGGCCUGGGCUGAGUAAAUUUGCAGACAACAUCGGUGARAUUGGCGGGUACCUACGGCCUCUGAUCGAUGGAGCCCUGAAAGUGGUUCCCAAAGACAAGCAAGCACACACUACGAUUCGUUUAUUUGCUACUGCUGGGAUGCGACUGCUUAAGAAAUAUGAGAUUGACAGAAUCCUGGAUAAAGUAGAUGUCCUCCUUUCCAACAAAGACUACAGUCCAUUCAAAUACGAACGCGGUUUUUCAAAAGUUAUCAGUGGUGAAGAUGAAGCCGUUUAUCUGUGGGUGACUGUUAACUUCCUCAAGGGAUUGUUCUCUGGUGAAUCAUCAAAGAGCUUUGGCACUCUGGACAUGGGCGGGGCAUCUACACAGAACACUUUCAAGGUGUCAAGGAGAAAGCCCAAAGUACCAGUGGUCAGUUUAGGUAUAACAGGCAAGAACUACAACGUCUUUGCUCACAGCUACCUUGGCUAUGGAGAAGCAGAAGCAAGAAAUACCUUCCUGAAAAAGCUUGUGAGGAUGAAAAUUCAAUCGACCAAAAAGGCUAAAGAUGAGGACCAAAUAGUCUACAGUCCAUGCCACAAUUACGGAUUCAACACGUCAGUGAACGUGGACGGGAAGGAGUAUAUCGUUCGGGGAGAUUUCCGAAGCACACGUCAGUGCCAGCAAUGGCUUUCAUAUUUCUUCUUUUGCAGUAAUUGUGCGUUCAAAAAUCAACCAAAACUGUCAGGGGARUUUUACUGCUCAAGUUUAUUUACCUACGCAUUCCAAGCAACAGGAGUAGUCCAGCAAAAUGACCAGAUUGUUACCCUGGACAACAUAGAAAAUAAAGCAGAUUCGUACUGCUCAAAGUCCGUGUACAAGCUCCAUAUCAAGAAGGACUUUCUAGCCUAUGCUCGAUGUUUUCACUUGAAUUACAUUAAAGUGAUGUUAGUUAAGGGUUACAGAGUUAAUGAGAACAACUUUGUCUUGCGCAACGCGGGAAAACUGAACGGCUUUGACUUGAAUUGGUCGCUAGGCGCCGUUUUGAUGUCCAACAAUUUCUUUGAAGGAAAAUAACAUGACAGGUUUUGUGUAAAGCCGCGCGAGUUAAAAAACGAAUAAAGGAUCUUGAGUUUCCCUUGUUA